AUGGAAAAUGCAGCCCUCCCGCCGACCCACCACCGAGUCCAACUCGACCGCCUCCGCGCGCGUGACCGGGCCCGCCACGGCCGCCUCCUCCAAAACGUCGUCGGCGGCGUCGUCGACUUCUCCGUCGCCGGCUCCUCCGAUCCCUACCUCGUCGGCUUGAAGCUUUUAAUGCUGUAUUUUACGAAAGUAAAGUUGGGCUCUCCACCAAAAGAGUACAAUGUGCAGAUCGAUACCGGAAGCGACAUAUUGUGGAUCACCUGCAGUGCUUGCAGUGAUUGCCCCCAGACUAGUGGACUUGGGAUUCAGCUCAAUUUGUAUGAUUCUGGGAGCUCUGCAACUGCAGGGUUGAUCUCCUGUUCGGACCCAAUCUGCAGUUCUGCAGUUCAAACUUCAGUAACAGAGUGCUCUGAGAGUAACCAGUGCGGUUAUACUUUCCAAUACGGCGAUGGAAGCGGGACUUCUGGUUACUAUGUAUCAGAUGCACUAUAUUUCGACAUGAUUAUGGGGCAGUCUUUUAUGGCCAACUCUUCGGCUGCCAUCGUUUUCGGGUGUAGUACGUAUCAGUCUGGGGAUUUGACCAAGACAGAUAAAGCGGUGGAUGGGAUAUUUGGGUUCGGCCAAGGCGCAUUGUCUGUUAUAUCCCAGUUGUCAUAUCGAGGGAUAACUCCCAAAGUAUUUUCUCAUUGUUUGAAGGGAGACGGAAAUGGUGGGGGUAUACUUGUUCUUGGUGAGAUUUUGGAGCCGAGUAUUGUUUAUAGUCCCCUUGUUCCGUCACAGCCUCAUUAUAAUUUAUAUCUUCAGAGCAUUGCUGUCAAUGGGCAACUCUUACCAAUUGAUCCAAUAGCCUUCACAACAUCAAACAGCCGGGGAACUAUUGUUGACUCAGGCACGACUCUGACAUACCUUGUGGAGGAAGCGUAUGAUCCUUUUGUCAGUACUAUAACAUCGGUUGUUUCCCAAUCUGUGACACCCCUCAUUUCAAAAGGAAAUCAGUGUUAUCUAGUCUCCAACAGUUUGGCUGAGGUGUUUCCUCCCGUUAGUCUGAACUUUGCAGCUGGUGCAUCGAUGGUGUUGAGACCAGAAGAGUACCUUUUACAUAAUGGUUUUGUUGAUGGGGCUGCUAUGUGGUGCAUUGGAUUUCAGAAGGUUCAGGGAGGGGUGACAAUCUUAGGAGAUCUUGUUCUAAAAGAUAAGAUAGUUGUGUAUGAUUUAGCUCGCCAACGGCUUGGAUGGGCCAACUACGAUUGCUCAUUAUCCGUGAAUGUUUCAGUCACUAGUAGCAAAGACGAAUUUAUCAAUGCCGGACAGCUGAGUGAGAGCAAUUCAUCAGGAGACAUGCUUUUCAAACUGCUAACAACAGGGGUUGUGGUUCUCUUACUGCACAUAUUGGUGUUGGUGGACAUCCAUCUACUGUAGUUUUAAGCCUGAGAUUCUAAAUUGGAUUCUCUUUACACUGCGCUUCAGCUUGGCUGAUCUUUAUUUAUAGUGGUCAGCGCCAGGGUCAAGGUACGGUGUAUAUCAUUCUGAUGUUCUUCUGAUUAGUGCGAAGGGGUGGGCAUCAUCUUUUCUUUGACUUAUAGUUUUGCUCUGUUGCCGUAUAUGGUUCUCCGACUCCAUCAAAUUGUGGCUAGUAGAAGCAGAGCCAAGCCAAUUGUAGCUAUUGCAGGAUUUAGGUAGGGAUAUAGAAAUUGUGUUAGGGAUGUCAGUUUAUGGAGUCGAUAUCAGUUUUGUCUUACUAGUUUCCUUUGACGAUUCCAGAAUUAAAUUGGUAAGGAAUGUCAGAAUGUAUAGGGCUGAAAUGAACAGAUUGUUUGUAAUCAUAGAAAUUAGGCUUGCUCUCUGUGUUCAAGUACGGCAGAGAAAUCAAAACAUGUGUGUAUUGGCCGCGUCUGUAUGAAUCCUCAGACCGUAGAUUGUAUUGGUAAUUGCUUGAAUCCAUAUACCAAUGAAAUGAUCAGCAUUUUGUGCAUUGAGACAAC